AUGGUAUUCAGUCGGUCUUGGGGAGAGCAUUUGAGAUACUUGGAGGAGUUGUUAAACAUUUUAGAGAGGGAGUCCUUGUAUGCCAAGGAUUCCAAGUGCGGGUUUGAGAUGACAGAGCUACUCUAUUUGGGGCAUAUCAUCAACGCAGAGGGUGUCAGAGUUGAUCCGAAGAGGAUCUGGGCUAUCAUUGAUUGGCCUCCACCCAAGAACCUUACACAACUUAAGGGGUUCUUUGGGCUUUGCGGCCUCUACCGAUGCUUCGUUAAGGGUUUUUCACAGCAGUUGGCACCACUAACAGACUUGACGAAGAAGGGGGAGUUUCGUUGGUCAGAUAAGACACAACAAUGUUUCGAUAAGUCCAAGCAGUUAAUAAGUUCAUGCCCAAUUCUCGCUAUACCAGAUUUCACUAGGCCAUUUGAGCUACAGUGUGAUGCUUUGAGUGAGGGUAUUGGAGCAAUGUUGAUGCAUGAUAAGCACCCGAUUGCCUUCAAGAGCAGGAAAUUGAAGGGUAUGGAGAAGAGUUACAACAUAUAUGAUAAGGAUAUGUUAGCCAUCAUGCAUGCAUUGGCAAAGUUCAAGCAGUAUCUUGUGGGCAGCAAAUUUGUUGUUAGAAGGGAUCAUAAUAGCUUGAAGCAUUUCUUAAAUCAAGGAGACCACAAUGAUAGGCAACAAAAGUGGGUUGGUAAAUUGCAGGAUUACGACUUUGACAUCGAGUAUGUCAAAGGGAAGAGGAACAUAGUUGCUAAUGCCCUAUAA